AUGUCCAUCCGGCCACGAUCUGGUCAAUCCUUUUUACUAACACGCCCCCUCUGUCUCGCCUUUGGAGUCUGGGCGAUCCCGCACGGCACUGCGCAAUUUUUGACCCGGUGCCGAAUUCUUGUUGUGUUUGGACUUAGGAAUAUCCCCGUCUUUGUCCAUCAUGACGACUUUGAGAUUACACGCUACCUUGAACCCCGAUGCGGCGCCGCCUAG